GUGUAUGAAAUGCAUCACCCUCCAAUUUCCGAAGGCUGGAUUUUUCUGGAUGGUUCCGGCAGGACCAGGAACCCGAUCACCUCCCUCUCUCUGAGUCUCUCGAACUUUCCCUUUUUCAGUUUUAAAUCCCUCACUCCCAUCUAUUAUUGACAUUGUAACUGGAUUGAUUGGAUUCUUCCUUUGGCUCAACAUAUCCGAUAGCUGUCCAAGUAUUCCGUAGCAGUAGAUACCAGAACGGUUUUCAGUUUUUGCAGUUGGGAAUUUGAUCGUCUGAAUAUUUUAUAGUAUCCCACGUCGAUUCAAGCAGCUAGGAAGGAUGAUCCCGGUGGUAGAUAUCAAUGGGGACUUGGCUUCAGCCGCGAACCACUUGUUCAAUUUCCCAGAGAACAUCCAGAAAUUGAUGCUCCAGGAUCGGUCUCUCGACACCCAGGAGUCGAAAGCGACGACUAGCAUUCCUGUGGACAUCCUUGAUAGCCCCAAGGAGUACAUAUUUUACAUGGAUGUCCCUGGUCUGUCCAAGAAUGACAUUCAGGUGACAGUGGAGGAUGAGCACACACUGGUGAUCCGAAGUAAUGGGAAGAGGAAGCGUGAGGAUGGGGAAGAAGAAGGAUGCAAGUACAUACGGUUGGAGCGGAGAGCUUCCCCGAAGUCCAUGAGAAAAUUCCGUCUCCCUGACAACUCUAAUGUCUCCGCCAUAUCGGCCAAGUGUGAGAAUGGCGUCCUGACUGUGAUAGUGGAGAAACUGCCCCCACCACCCAAGCCCAAGACCGUCGAAGUUGCCAUUUCCUGAGAGAGAAGAACACAGGCAGCCAAAGGAGGAGGAGAUCAGAAGCAAGUAUCUCUUUAUAAUUCUGAUAGUCGUAGGAUGAUGGAAGAUGGUUGGACGGGCCGGUGGUUUUUCUUGGUGCCAUUAAAAUUAGGAAAGGGAGGAGAAGCUUCGUUUCUCCAAUUCUUUCAAUGUAGAAUCGUAGAUAGAAGAAAGUAGGAUCUUUUGCUAUUUCUAGUUUUUUUCCUGGGGGCGUAGGGUGGACGGACGUCGAUGGACAGACUUGUUUACUUGAUAUCAUCUUCUUGUUAAUGAAAUCCGGCAUUUUAGCUUUCUGAAA